AUGAAAGAUAAAUUUAAAUUAGCAGAACAAAAUAUUAAUGAUUUGGCCUGUGAUAUGGAUCUGUAUAUAAAACAUUAUAAGACCUAUGGUAAGGAGUUCUUAAAGCAACAAAAACUAAGUCCUGAUAGUUUUAUACAAAUGGCUUUGCAAUAUGGUUUUUAUAAACUACAUAAAUCGCCUGCUGCUCAAUACGAAUCAGCACACUUGCGUAUCUAUUAUGGAGGACGCACUGAAACUAUACGCUCCUGCUCUAAUGAAUCUUUGGCUUUUAAUAAAGCCAUGUUAGAUCCACAAGGUUGUGAUGAAAAUCGUUUAUUGUUAUUGCGUGAAGCGGUAAAUGGUCAUCGUAAUUAUACCAAUAUGGCCUUGCAGGGACAUGGUGUAGAUCGCCACUUAUUGGGUCUGAAACUUAUGGCAAUUGAAAAUAAAAAGCCUAUACCGAAAUUUUUCUCAUCCAAAGCUUUUGUCAAAAGUUCACAUUUUCGCAUAUCUACUUCUCAAGUGGCCACCGGCAAUAAAGCUUUUAUGUGUUAUGGAGCCCCGGUUAAAGAUGGUUAUGGUUGUUGUUAUAAUCCGAGAAAAAACGAUAUGUUUUUAGCUUGUUCCGGUUGGAAAUCGAAUAAGGAAACAAAUGCCAAAGAUUUUGCUGAAUGUAUAAGUGCCGCUUUAGAUGAAAUGCAAGAAUUGUUGAAAAAAUGA